AUGGAAGCCUUCUCAUACCAGCAGCACUACCCUUUCCUUCUUGACUCUCCUGUACUUCCAACCAACCCCUUUGAGUUGCUUCUCCCCCAACAGCAAGUUGGAGGGAUGAGCAAUAUCUCCUCUUCUUCCUUCCCUUCCUAUUUCUCUCCUGAAGCCAUCCUAGAGGUCUCGGCUACUGAUGCCAGAGUCCAUCAGAGCAGCAGCUUUCUUGACACUUCCUCAAAAGCUCCUUCGAUUGAGAGCGAGACGACUCUUUCCUCGGUGGUAGUUGAACCCCGUGAUGAGAAUGUCCGCGAACAACAAGGCUCCAUGGGGAAGAAAAGAAAGAAUGGAUACGGGACUUGCUUGUCUUCUGGUCGAUCCAAGAGAAAACCCCAUGGUGAGUUGAAGGGAAAAGAGGAUAAGAAGCCCAAAGAUGAUGAUUCCAAAGCCACAAAGGCUUGUGAAGAGCCCCCUGCAGGGUACAUUUACGUAAGAGCCAGGAGAGGUCAAGCAACAGAUUGUCACAGCCUUGCAGAAAGGGCCAGAAGGGAGAAGAUAGGAGUGAGAAUGAAGACGUUGCAAGGCCUUGUUCCUGGCUGCGAUAAGGUUACCGGAAAGGCCGUUAUGCUGGAUGCGAUAAUUAACUAUGUUCGAUCUUUGCAGAACCAGGUUGAGUUUCUUUCCAUGGAGCUUGCUUCUGUGUAUCCCACGUUAUACGACUUUGGAGUGGAUAUCGAUGACUCCAUGAAUGAACUAGAGAAAAUGGGGAGCAUACCACAAGAAGUUUCACUUGUGAACCAAUCCACUCACAUUCAGCCUCCAUCUUUUGAGAACGCUGCGAAUAACUACCAAUUAGAAGAUCCUUCAGUUCCUCUUUUACUACAUUACCAGCAACCCACAGCUUUUUCACAG